UUCCUCCAUUUUUUACGGCAAAGAAGAAAAGGAUACAUUUCUUUAGAAAAUUCAGCGAAGUUGCUUGCAAGAAAAAGUUCUUUCGAAUUCUAUCUCGGUUCCAUAUCAAAACCACCCCCCGCUCCCCCCCUUUUUCCCGGGCGGGGAAAAAUAAUUCUUAUACCCCAAACCCAAGCUGAUUUUUGCUAGUUUUUCGGUUUUAAAUUGAUAAAAAAGGAAAGAGUUGUUUAGUAUUAAACUUAACUCAAAAACCCAGUUGAAUUUUGUUAAGAAACUGGCAAUUGUUUAAAGAUAGAUAGAUUGAUUGAAGGGUGAAUAAUUGGAACAAAUUGUUUGUUUCAUAUUUUUCCGGUGAGAUACUCCGAUGACGAUCGAAUCGUUGCCCGGAAGUUCAGGGUACUUGGACGUUGGGAACCGGAAAGUGACGUAUUUUAGCAAUUCAUAUGUGGUGGGCUUGACCGUUAUUGCUGGUAUUGGUGGUCUCCUUUUCGGAUACGACACAGGAGUAAUAUCAGGAGCGCUCUUGUAUAUUCGAGAUGAAUUUAAGCAAGUGGACCAAAGUAGUUUCCUACAGGAAACAAUUGUUAGCAUGGCUUUGUGUGGUGCAAUGAUAGGAGCUGCUACUGGGGGAUGGAUAAAUGAUGCUUAUGGCCGCAAGAAAGCUACUCUUUCUGCCGAUGUUGUAUUUGUACUUGGGUCUAUUGUUAUGGCUGUAGCUCCAGAUCCCUAUGUCCUAAUAUUGGGUAGAUUUUUAGUGGGUUUGGGUGUGGGUGUGGCAUCUGUUACUGCUCCUGUGUACAUUGCUGAAGCAUCCCCAUCUGAGAUAAGAGGUGGCCUUGUGAGUACAAAUGUGCUUAUGAUUACCGGUGGAUCAUUUCUUUCCUACCUAGUGAAUCUUGCUUUCACUGAGGUCCGAGGAACAUGGCGAUGGAUGCUUGGAGUAUCUGGAGUUCCUGCUGUUAUACAGUUUUUUCUCAUGCUAUUUUUGCCUGAAUCUCCUCGCUGGCUUUACCUCAAGAAGGAUAAAUCUAAAGCCAUUGCUGUGCUUUCAAAAAUUUAUGAUCCUGACCGGUUGGAGGAGGAAAUUGAUCAGCUUGCAGCUGCUUUUGACGAAGAAACCAAUAGAAGAAACACUGUCGGAUAUUGGGAUGUUUUCAAAUCAAAAGAAAUGAGGCUUGCUUUUCUUGCUGGAGCUGGACUUCAGGCAUUUCAGCAGUUUACAGGUAUUAACACGGUCAUGUAUUACAGCCCUACAAUCAUGCAGAUGGCUGGUUUCCAUUCGAAUCAAUUAGCACUUCUCCUCUCCCUCUUUGCGGCAGCAAUGAAUGCUAUUGGUACAAUCGUGGGAAUUUACCUCAUUGAUCAUGUUGGCCGCCGGAAGUUGGCUCUUAGUAGCUUAGCAGGAGUGUUUCUGUCCCUUGUUCUUCUUGCUGGUGCUUUUCUCUUACAAACAUCUUCACAUGCGACUGGGCUCUAUGGGUGGCUUGCUGUUAUUGGCGUGGUGCUCUACAUUGCCUUUUUCGCUCCUGGCAUGGGCCCUGUGCCAUGGACUGUAAAUUCAGAGAUAUAUCCAGAAUCCUACCGAGGAAUUUGUGGUGGCAUGUCUGCCACUGUGAACUGGAUUUCGAAUCUGAUAGUAGCACAAAGUUUUCUAUCCAUAACUGGAGCUUUAGGUACUGGUCCAACUUUCUUGAUCUUAGCUGGUAUCACAGUGCUUGCUUUUGCUUUUGUGAUUGUUUUCGUGCCAGAGACCAAGGGUUUGACAUUUGAAGAAGUGGAAAGAAUCUGGAAGGAAAGGGCUUGGGGAAGUAGUAAUAGCAGAGAACCACUUCUUGCACCUGGAGACCAAGCCUGAAGUACGCUGUUAUUUACUUUUCCCUUGUGACCUGCUGUAUAUAGGGUUAUCACGGUGGUUUUAUAUCUAAGCACGUACUGUGAUUUUUAGCUGGAAAUUCUUUCAGAACUUGAGCAUUUGAAAAGGAAGUUCCUUGUCCAGGGGGGAAGUCCUCCGGUUGGGCUGUGGUCUGAACUUGCCAGGCUUAAGACUUCCCCAGAGAUGUUUAGAGCUGGAGAGAGAUGAAUAUAAUACUUCUUAUGGUGUGUUAUUAUUAUUAUUUUUUUUAAAUUUGCAGUCAUUCUUGAGUAGUUCAUAUUAGUAUGUUUAGUUGAAUUAUAAAAUUUAGUGUUCAAAGACAUGUAUCAAUGUGUGUGCAACAAAUAGAAAAAAUAUUUGUAAAAUUUUUUUGAGUAUGUAUGUUGAAAUUAUUUUGUGGAGAA